AUGUCGCUGCAGGGGGAGUCACGGGGAUCCGAGGGAGUCACGGGGAUCAGAGGGAGUCACGGGGAUCCGGGGGAGUCACGGGGAUCAGGGGGAGUCACAGGGAUCAGGGGGAGUCACAGGGAUCCGGGGGAGUCACAGGGAUCAGGGGGAAGUCACAGGGAUCCGGGGGAGUCACAGGGAUCAGGGGGAGUCACAGGGAUCGGAUCAGAGGGAGUCACAGGGAUCAGAGGGAGUCACAGGGAUCCGGGGGAGUCACAGGGAUCAGGGGGAGUCACGGGGAUCAGAGGGAGUCACGGGGAUCCGGGGGAGUCACAGGGAUCAGAGGGAGUCACAGGGAUC